CUUCAUUUAUCCAAAAACAAGCUGGCAGGAUCGCUAACAACACAGUUGUGUCACCUCUCUUCUCUAGUAAUGCUAGAUCUUAGUGACAACCAGCUAAGUGGUAACAUCCCAGAUUGCAUCAAUAAGCUUGGUGAGUUGCGUUAUCUUAUUUUGAAGAACAAUAAUCUUGAAGGUAAGAUCCCAUUUCAACUAUGCAAGUUGCAGAAAUUGAGGUUGAUUGAUUUAUCUCAAAACCAUCUUUCGGGCCAUAUACCCUCUUGCCUAAAUCUGAUCACUUUUGAUGAGCUAUAUAAGAAGGAUAAUCGUGUUGCUUUUACUCUUGCUCCACUUCAUUGGCAAAAUUUCAAGGAUACACUUUCUAUUGGUGAACUAGCGCAUUUCACAACAAAGGACCCACUUUUUAUUGGUGAACCAGUGUAUUUCACAAUAGAGUAUUUCACAACAAAGGAUACACUUUCUAUGGGUGAACCAGUGCAUUUCACAACAAAGCAUAUGGCAUAUUCUUACAAGGGAAGAAUUCUUGCCUACAUGUCUGGAAUAGACCUUUCUUGCAACAAACUUAUUGGUGAAAUUCCAUACCAAAUUGGGCACCUCAGUGAAAUUCAUGUACUAAACCUGUCUCAUAAUUUCUUGGUUGGUGGAAUCCCAUCUACAUUUUCUAACCUUAAGCAAAUCGAGAGCUUGGAUCUUGCCUACAACAGUUUGAGUGGGAAAAUUCCCCCCGAGCUUGUUGAGUUAAAUUUCUUAUCCACCUUUAGCAUGGCAUACAACAACUUAUCAGGCAAGACACCAGCGAGGAUCCAACAAUUUGCAACAUUUGAUGAAAGUUGUUACCAAGGUAAUCCUCUACUUUGUGGGGAACCAAUGAAAAGUUGCUCAGCAACAAGUCCACCACCAAUGAUCCAAGAAGGUCCAACUCAGGCUAGAGAAGAUGAUGGUUUCAUCGAUAUGUGUGUCUUCUAUACGGCGUCGUUUUACGUCAUCCUUUCUCAGCCAAGGAAACGAAGUCAUCCAUCCGAUAAGCAAAACCCAUUUCGUUUCUCAUGGCAAUUUCCUUCUGCGUUUGUGCUACUCCUCGCUGUACUAACUCAAUUAAACAAUGCUAAUUCGUUGAGAGCAUUGCCAAUUCUGAUCAUAACGGUGGGGAAGAAGAGGUCCCCAGGUGUCCAGUUGCUGGUAGAUGGGUAUAUCGAUAAGCUUAGAAUUAGAAACUACUGUCAUGUUGAUGAUGUUCUAAUUCGGUCUAACCCCAAAAAUGCACUAGAUGUGAAGGCCUAGGUUGAUGAUGAAGAUAUGGCUGUCAUGAACCAUAUCAGGUCUGAUGACUAGGUUGUGAUGUUGGAUGAGCAUGGAUUGGAUAUAGGGUCUGAGCGGUUUGCUGAAUUAAUAGGAGAUGCAGGGAGUAAGGGAGCUUCAAGGUUACUAUUUUGUAUUGGUUGACCUUAUGGUCAUGGAAGACAAAUACAGGAACCUGCUAAUAUAUCAGUCAAGUUAUCUUCAAUGGUCUUGAAUCAUCAAAUGGCACUUGUUGUGCUCAUGGAACAACUUUACAGAUAAUCUUUAUUACUUAUGUGCUAGGAGAAGUCAAAGAGCUUUCUCUGAAGGACCAAUUUUUUAUCAGGUCAUGGACCAUUCUGAAGGGGCAGAAGUACCAUCAUUAGAUAUUUCUCUUACUCUGAACCAUUCAAUGGUUGCUUGAGACACAUCUGAUCCAUGUUAAUUGUAUUGUCAAGUAUUUUAUCCACGAGUAUAGAUUGGGAACUUAGAUUGUCCCUUUUUAGUAGACUGAGACCAGAGACAAGUCACUGGAGUUCUGAAUAUCUGGCAGUUGGUCUAACCUUCAAUUUAGUCUAUAGGAAAGCAUAAAAAUGGAUGUGGGAAUUUCACUGCGGAAGUCGCACACACAAGCAGUAUAUCCAAAGAAAAGCUUGGUUUGGUCAUUUGGAUCAAAGUUUCAAGCAUUAAGUGGUGAAGUGCGACUGUGUAGACUGGUCCUGGAUUUUCAACUUACUACAUAUGAACACAUUCUAAAGAGGACCAACUUCGGCUGCAUCUCAAAAUAAGACAUUAAUACAGAAGGAAAUCGUGACCCCAAGAAGUCAGUCAAGAGAGGGACUUAUUGCUUUCAGUUCCAGUAAAAUAUCAUCAGACUGUCGUUGAUAUGCCUUAUGUAAUGUGAAAAUGUGUUUUGGGAAAUAUUGAAGACAUGAGAAUUUUACAUAAGAUCUGCAUUAUAUUGGAUACUUAACUCAAUUGAGCGAGUAGAUUGUGUGUGAUUGAAAUUGAGCCAUUCUUCCUCUCUCGAUAUUUCAUCUAUUGUUUUCUCUUUUUCACUUUCUUCUUCUUUUUUUUUUCUUUACAAAAUUAGAAAGAUAGAAAUCUAUAAAAUCUAAAAGCCUUACAUGGAAUUCUCUCUUCUCUAUUUGAAUCUAUGAAUUAUUAUUUUUGUGAAAGCUUUGGAACUACAACAUAUGUUCUAUUGAUUGAUAACUUUACAAAUCAUAAUAUCUAUGUAUUCAUUAAAAUUGGUCCAUUCAA